AUGGCAUUCAAGUUUGUCGUCCUCGCCGCUCUGGUGGCUUGCGUCAGCGCUGGACUGGUGCCCGCGGCGCCGAUCGCCUACGCUGCAUCUCCCAUCGCCAGUGCCGUGGUUGCCAAGACCGUCGACACCGAGUACGACCCCCAUCCCCAGUACAGCUACAGCUACGACGUGGCCGACUCCCUGACCGGUGACUUCAAGGCCCAGUCCGAGACCCGCGACGGAGAUGUCGUCCAGGGCCAGUACUCCCUCCUCGAGUCCGAUGGCACCCGCCGCAUCGUCGACUACACCGCCGAUCCCCUCAACGGAUUCAACGCCGUCGUCCGCAAGGAGCCCGUCGCCGUCGCCGUCAAGGCCGCCCCCGUCGUCGCCAAGAUCGCCACCCCCGUGGUCGCCGCUGCCCCAGUCGCCAAACUGGCCCCAGCUGCCUAUGCCGCAUACGCCCCGGCUGCCUAUGCCGCCCCGGCUGCUUAUGCCCCAGCUGCCUACGCCCCAGCUGCCUACGCUCCGGCUGCCUACGCUGCCGGCCCAGCCAUCGCCUACAAGUCGUACGCUGCCCCAGCUGCCUUUGCUCCGGCUGCGUAUGCCCCAGCUGCCUUUGCACCCCAGGCUUAUUACGCCAAGCACUUUUAA